AUGCCUCGCCUCCCUGCCGCAACCCCCUCACACACCCCUCUUCUGCCUCCCUUGCCCACCUCCCUUCUGCCUCCCUCUCCCACCUUCCUCUCUCACCUUCCUCUCUCACCUCCCUCUCUCACCUCCCUCUCCCGCCUUCCUCUCUCACCUCCCCCUGUGCGCACCCACACAGGACCUACCAGAGAGGCAGACCUACCCUCGGCAGUGGGCGAGGAGGACUUGACGCACUGCCUGGAGCUGAGGGACCUCAAGGGGCGCUCCGCCAUGGUCAUGCCCGUGUGCGCCUAUGAUGGCACGGGGGUGAGGGAGGGAGUGACGUGGCUGGUGGAGGCAAUGAGGAAGAGCCAACGAGCAGACCUCAUCAAGCAAAGGGCCGAUGCUGCUGCUGCCUUCUGA